GUGGUCGGUUCCGGAUCGAGAUAAUCCCACAUGACUUUCUAUAUAUUACUAUUUUAUUCGUUCCUGCUCCUUAUCUCUGUAUAUAACAGAUAAAACCCUAACUCUCUUGCAGUUCAUUCUACUAGUGCUCCCCCAUACCUCUGUAGCUCUCUCUCUCUCUCUCUAUCCCUCUCUGUGUUCGGUGCACAAAAGGGCGUGUGAGAAAUUAACCAUGGAUGUUGACAUGCUAAGAUCAUCGGCAGGGGAUCACAUGGACAUGAUGACAAUGAUGAUGCAAAUGGAAAAGCUUCCCGAGUUCUGCGACGCUUUCCAUGACACUCCCACAUACCCCGCUGAAAUCGAAUUCUCCGAUGGAAGCACCAGCAGCGUUGCCACCACGCCACCCAUUUUUCACAGCUCCCCAAAUAAAAUGGCUCCACCCACAUUGGAAAACCCACCUGCAUCCCUACCAUUCAUGGGAAGCACUCCAACCAUCCACGAGCCCCUGAGUCUGAGACCACCCGAUCAGAGAUUCAGGAACAAUAUUGCUUCUUCCGGUACUGCAUUAUCGCUUCCGAAUAAUUCAUAUCAUGAUCAGAAGAACUCGUCAAUGGUAGAAAUGAGAGAGAUGAUUUUCCGGAUAGCAGCGAUGCAACCUAUUCUUAUAGACCCAGAAUCUAUAAAGCCGCCCAAGCGCAGGAACGUGAAGAUCUCUAAGGAUCCACAGAGCGUGGCAGCGAGGCACAGAAGGGAAAGGAUAAGCGAGAGGAUAAGGAUUCUGCAAAGACUGGUUCCUGGAGGAACAAAGAUGGAUACGGCUUCGAUGUUGGAUGAAGCCAUACAUUACGUGAAGUUCUUGAAGAAACAAGUGCAAACGUUGGAACAAGCCGGGACAAAAAGGACAGUUCUGGGCGUUGGUUUUCCAGUUGGAAUGAAGAAUGCCAAUGUUGUGAGUUACUCUAGUUUGGCAAAAGCAGCCUGCUCAAAUGGUGCUGGGGUACUCUAUCCAAAUGCCCAGCAGCUCGGUCAUGAGAGGGACUUGGUGGGAUUCAUGUAAAAAAAAUACUGUUGGUUUCUUCCUAAAUGGAUUCUUACUUAUUACUGUAUGAAAGAACAUUAAUAUAAUAUUCUCUAAUUAAUGCAUGGUUGUUGAUCAU